UUUUCAGAAUUAGUCUGAAGCAAACAGCAUACUUUGAAAGUGAAACUUAAGUAAACUACGAAAACAAAAUCAUAUAAAUUUCAGCUCGGGUGUUUAAAGUUUGUAAAAGUUGUCAAGUUUGAUAUUAGUGCGAAAACCAUGUCUCUAGUGCCGAUGCUUUUGGGCGGGUGGUAUGAUGAUAUUUUGGAUGUGCCACCUAGGCCAUCCAGUAUACUGGAGAAAUACUUUGGCUCGGACAUUUUCCCGGAUGACCUUUUGUUGGCAAUCGACCACGUUCCGAAACGACAGGUACUAAGAAGGCCACGGGUUAAUACAGUUGCCCCGCACGAUAAUCAUGCAGCUGCCAUGCGAACCAACGAUGGAUUCCAGGUGAGCGUAGAUGUUCAGCAGUUCGCUCCGGAGGAGAUCUCAGUGAAAAUGGUGAAUGAUUAUAUUACGGUGGAAGGCAAACACGAGGAAAAGCAGGACGAGCACGGUUAUGUUUCGCGCCAUUUCAUCCGAAAGUACCGACUUCCGGAUGGGCAUGAUUCGGCAAAUGUUGUAUCUUCGCUAUCAUCUGAUGGUGUGCUUACAAUUAAGGCUCCAAAAUUGAUAACAACCGACCCGAGUGCAGAAAGAACGAUUCCUAUUGUGCAGACGGGAAAGUCGAUCAAGGGUAACGAAAAGUCUUAAACGAAGUAAAGAAUGGAAAAGAAUAUGAGACUGAAAGUGAUGCACGAAAUGUUUUUAUUUUACGUUUAUCAGAAUAACUUUGUAAGCACGUAACUAAUUUAAAUUACUCCAAAUAAAUGUAAAUUUUGAUUUAGAAA